GAGUGAUGAAUUAUCUGAUUCAUCUGAGUCUGAGAAUACCAAUAACAUAGAAAAAUCAGAUAUUGAUAAAUCUAGUGAUACACCUAGCUCAGAAAUUACAUCAGAAACUACCACCCAAAUGAAUUUGAGAAUCAAGGCGAAUGCAAAGGAAAAGGCACCUAAUGUACAAAAAAAAACUAUAAAUACAAACCUUUAA